AUGGACGCGUCCGGGCCGGCCGGUGUAGCGCCCGACGAUGCGGCUUCGUCCCCGGUGCCGGGCGAGCCAGAGGUUCCCUCGUGCCAAGGAUGUCGGAGGCGCAAGCUGAAAUGCUCUCGCGACCAACCAAUCUGCGCCCACUGCCGGCGAUUGGAUGCGCCCUGCGUGUACGACCUAAAGAAGAACAAGCCAGGGAUCAAGGCGGGUGCGGUGGGAAGUUUGAGUCGUAGGGUCGAUGCUUUGGAGCAUGCUCUACUGAGGAAGUCCCAGGACCCGACCUUCCUUGGCGAGGAUGCCAAUAUCAGCAUCCAAGAGAAUCAGCAAGGCGGGCAGGGCCUCGUGGAGAUCCUUUCUACUCUCGCGUCUGAGCUGCAUAAACUGAACUCGAGAGCCACUCGUGGGCAAACGAGAGGCCGAGACCAAAGAGGUUCUCCGACUGUCUCACCCACAUCUCACACAUCAGCAUUUACAUCUGAUCGGCGUGAUACCAACCCGUAUCAGGAUGGUUCCCACCGUAAGCGACGUCGGUUGGAUAGCUGUGGUAACCCAAACGUCGAUUUGGUUGGCCCAUUUGAGGACGAGCUGGAGAACAUCACCACCAGUCUGCCGCCCCCCGCCCUGUUGGAGGAAGUCAUCAAUAUCUACUUUGAUAUCAUUCAACCAUGGAUACCAAUCCUACACGAAACACAAUUUCGAAGUCGGAUCCUCAACCCAGAGGACCUACCACAUCUAGUUAUUAUUCUACAUGCUAUUGUCGUUGCCGCACUCCGCUUCGUAGAUGAUCCGGCCACCAAGUUAUCAGCGGAGGGCGUGGAGCGUCAGACCGCAAAGUCAAGGAACUUUGUCAUACUGACAUCCAUGGAUAGCCUCUCGGUCGAAAGCUUACAGUCGCUGACCAUUAUAGCCUUCAAUGAUAUCGGUAACGGCGAUGCUUCAAAGGCAUGGUCCAUUAUCGGCUCCUUGACGAGGACAGUCGAAUACAUUCAGCUCAGUGUUGAACCAGAUCACCAUAACAAGGAUCCGUUACUCAAGCCACUGCCAUUGAUACCGAGAUCCAAAGACUGGACGGAGGAAGAACAAAGGAGACGAGUGUUUUGGAACAUCUUUUGUCUUGAUAGGUUUCAAGUAGCAGCUAACACGAGCAGAUGGAACACGAGCCUGACUUCGGACGAUGUCAAGCGUAGACUCCCCGCAGACGGAGGAUUGUGGCACCGGCAGGAAGCUGUGACGACACCAUAUUUCGGCAUAUGGGAUCGAUCGACAGCAAAGAUUGGCCACUCAAUUGCCUUCCUGCCCGGACACUAUCCAAGAGAAGAUGCCGUCGAGGACUCCACCAGAGCACUUUCAGCAACUCCCGCAGAGCAGACGGGCUCCAAAUCCGUAGACAUGACGACGGUUGGGGCUUUUGCCUACUGUGUCGAGGCCACAGAGUCAUUGAGUCGAAUCACAACUUACUUCCUCCAGCAAACGAUCGAUUUUGAAAACAGGCAGGAGGUGAGCAACUGGUUGACCAGGUUCAAGGAGCUAGAUCUCAGACUUGUUCACUGGAAAAUGUUUCUGCCACAGAGAUGGAGAGACUCGAACAUCUCCCGUCAGCCGGCACUCAUCAAUAUGGAUCCAAACCUUACGCUUGCUCAUGUCACGCAUAACACGUCCAUGAUAUUGCUGCACCAGCGGAUCGCGUACCCCGAGCCUGGGCGUACCGAGCAUGUGAAGCUCCCCAGCUUCUGCAGCGCCGAGACAUGCCAGAUAGCAGCUGUGGAAACAACCACGAUUACCAAGAAGUACCUCAAGCACACUCCAGAGUAUAGUCCUGUGACGAACCAAUUUGCAUUUUGUGUCUUCAUCAGUGCCCGAGUCCUACUUGUUCAUUGGAGGCACUACAAUACUGAACUUUUGCCUGAAUUCUGGGUCCUCGUCGACAGUCUUGAGGAAAUGGCUCGACGCUGGGCAGGCCCUGUGCUGGGUCACAAGGCCAGCCUGUCCCUAGCUGGAAAGUACGCAAGCCAGUUGCGAACGCUGCACUCGCGGAGUGAAGCUGAUCCUCGUAUUGUGAUUGAUGUCUUGGGUUACUCGAGCGGUACCGUACCAGGCUCGACAUCAAGCCCCUUCUUUAAUCAUGAUCUACCACAAACCGCAGGUCUUGCAGAUCUGCGAAAGCAAGACCAGCCGCGUCCCGAGUCCUUAAGCUUCGGUUCACAAAGCCAUCAGGGAGCAAAUGAUCAAGUCGGAGAGACAGAGGCGCCACCGGGGCCUGGAAUGCCUGAGCAGUUCCAGCCACCCCAACCUGGCCAGAUGCAAGUACAGGGCCAGGUACAGCAUAUGCCCCGAGGUGGUGAAUAUGCCAUCCCAGACCAGGCUCACCCGGACAGGCUGUCGGCCAUCUCACACAUGCUGAUGGACGAGGGAUUCAUGGCAAUGGAUAGGAUCAUCAGCCUUGACGAUAUGAUUUUCACGGCCCAAACGCCCGGGGCAAACACAAUGCCUUGGAUUGCCGGUCAAGGCCCUCAUCUAGGAUAG